GUUAAGCAAUCCAGCUCGAGAAGCAUACUGCGUUGCACGUGCAAUGCAUCAAAAAUGCAUAGCUUACGAUGUACAUGUCAGUAGUCUAGAUGGCCACUUUUGCCUCAUAAUUGGCUUCUGAUCGACUUGGAAUUAAUAUUGAUGCUACGCCAUUGAAAUUCAAGCGAACCAAUUUUUACACCACUUUUUUCGCUAAAGGGGGAAAUGUGGUAACUAUAAACUACACAUAUCGACAACUUCAACAACACUUGCCAAAGUGACACUGCGUUGACCACCUUCCUAGAAAAUUUGCUGUAUGAUAAGCGGCGCUACUUUCUAGUAACGUUUGGACACAUUCCUGAAUUCAAGCCCUAGUUUCUGCUGCAGUUACUGCAGGUCAUGGUAGAUAUAUACAAAAAACCCUUCCCACCUGGUGCUCAGAGGUUCUUGUCGAAAUGCCAAGAUAAACGAAUGAAAUCAUCCUGAUGUGAAUUCUUUUCGUCAAAUUUAUACCCAUCGACAUCUCUAAGCACAGCAGCAGCACAAGAAAAAUUCUCGAAAUGCGCAUAGGCACACGUCGGGCCUCUAAAUCCACCGGGCAGAACCAACUCGACGUGUUUGAACCCACGGAAAGGACGAAAAAUGUGUGCAACCUCUCGUGCCGAGCAGUCACGUGGUAAGCCAGCUACACAAAGCGUAGAACUGUAGGAAGUAGGACUUGGAAGGCCAAGUGAAUCAACUUUGUUAGCCAACGCUUCAGCGACCGAUUUCGGCAUGACAUGGUCAUUGACACCGUUCCUUGCUUUCACAAUGUUUGCAGCGGGUCCAGCCGUAAUCGCCUUCUGCUGGAAUCUUGAAGGGGUGCGAUAUCCAGGGGCAGAUUUGUAAUUCAGAAAAGGACGCCGUUUGCAGGAAAAAUGUUUUGCAGCAUUUCUGCUGUUAAGAUCAAUUGCUGGAUGUGGAUAAGGAAAAUACGGCGGUCGCCCGGAGCCGACAAAGCGUUCAGAAUAUCGUCCCGUCUUGCAACGCCGUGCACGGUCGGCAGCAAAGGACGGUCGAAACGCGGAGCUGCCGAUCUGGGUUCCAUAGGCGAUGCGGACUUUGUCGAAGUUCUGAAGUGCUGCACUACAUGCAGCUCGUCCUCUCGAGCCACCACCACCACCACCUCGUGCUUCCAUCGCGAGCUGCACUCCUCUGAGCCACGCUCCACUCACAAACAAGAAUCGGGUCGUGCAACCUCCACAACCUUCUGUCCUCUUUUCAUCGAGACAGAACGAGGCGCGGGUGACACCCAAGUGCUCGCUCGAUGACUCAGCGGACAGCAUCUUCUCACCUCAAUCUUGUAACGGCCACAGCUGCACGCGCCAUCGGCUCGAGAGCCGCUGAAGGCGCGUGGUGUGGGAUCGGAGGCCGCGCCCAGCCAGAGCAAUCGCUGAAGCUGCUUCGACUGCAUUAGACGUUCCAUGGCUGCGGUUCUGCACAGAGAGUGAAAUACUCUCCGGAAGGAACUGGAACAUUUAAGGUUUGCAUAAAAAUACAAUCAAGCAGCACAAUUCUCCUCGCAGUUGCUAAGAGACUGCACUGUUGACUAUAUACGCGAAUAUAUUUAGAGUGACUGAGAGCUUCUUGUUUGAUGUAACACCCGUUUACUGUGCG